CUCUCGGGCGUUUCUUUCCAUCAGCCCGUUUGAAGCAGCCAAUUUCCUCUUACGAGCUUCGUAAAAGUUAACUCCGAGCUAGCUCUAACACGCAUUUUGGUAAUUAAAAACAAAACAAACAAACAGAAAAAGCCUAACAAGGAAAUGCUUUUCAAGCAAAAUACUAGGACAAGUAGAACGGAAAUAGGAAGGGGAAUGUGCUGUCCAAUAUGCUAAGCAAGUUUUUUAUUUGCCUGGAAUGCUGUAUGGAGUUUUAGUCAUCCAAAAGGAUCCUGCAGAACUUGAGUUUUAGUCAUCUGCUGUCCAAAAGGAACCUGCAGAACUUGAGGGAACUUGGAAACAGCACAUUAGGAUUUGGGAGACUUUGGAAAAAUACAAUCUAAAGGUUUUAAUAAAAAAAGCAAACAUGUAUGAUGCAGGAAUAAAGAUAAAUAAGCUAGACCAUAGUAUACAAAACUCACAAAUGGUUUGCAGAAAUAUACUGGGAGUGUCUUCUUGGACAUAUAAAAAAGAAGAGGUGUUUUAACAGUGAAAAUACCAAGUUUGCUAAAAUAAAAUAGCCAUAGACUCAUAGAACAACUUAAGUCAGAAAAGACCCUUAAGAUCAUCGAGCCCAGCUGUUAACCCAGCAUUGCCAAGUCUGCCACUAACUCCUGUCCCCAAAUGCCACAUCCAUGCAGCUUUUAAAUGUCCCCAGGGAUGACAACUCCACCACUUCCCCAGGCAGCCUGUUGCAGUGCCUGACAGCCCUUUGGGUGGCAACCCAGUUGUCACAGAAUGUAUAAUUAGGCUAACACAAUUUCAUAUUGUGGAGGUCACCAGCUCUGACAUGGAGAAAAAUCUAAAGAUUUGUAAUGGCAAAAUUACAGAUUUCUAACACUGAGGGAAUGUAUGGAAAGGGAUCUAGGGUUUCACUCUUGAGUUUAGACUCAGAUUUAAUUUUUAAAAUGUAGAUUCAGAUUUAUCUUAUUUUUUUCCCCUGUAUGUGUCUUCUGCAGGCUGUAUUGUACCUUUCUCCAGAGCACCUUGUGCUAACCACUUGUGAAACAGGAGCUGGGCCUCGCUGGGCUCUGCUCUCAGUUGUUGGCUGUCACUUUGGCUCUCACUCCUCCCUAAGGACUAAAUGAAAGCAUCCAUAGUCCUUAAUUUGGAGAACUGGUUUCUUUAGGUGCACAGCAAAGCACAGAAUAUUGUGUGGGCUAUAAUUAAUUUUAUAUUUUAACAAAGCAAAUUAGCUCACCACAGAUGGGUGUAAUGUCACAGCUGUCCCACCUCUGGUCACCCAUGUGCCCUGCUGAAGCUUAUUCAACUCUUCAUUUCACACUGAUGCUUAGUUUUAUUUCAGUUUUCCCUUCCUUGUGCUCCAGACUGGGUUUAAUAGCAUUUGACACUUUUUAUUCCCUUCUUUUCCCCCUCCCAAAGAUCUUCAGCCUUGAUCUCGGGGGAAUAUCUGCUGUUGUGCUGAAUGGCUAUGAUGCAGUGAAGGAAUGCCUCGUCCAUCAAAGUGAAAUUUUUGCAGACAGGCCCUCUCUUCCCUUGUUCAAGAAGCUGACAAACAUGGGAGGCUUACUGAACAGUAAAUAUGGCAGAGGAUGGACAGAGCACCGCAAAUUAGCUGUAAAUACCUUUCGAAUUUUUGGAUAUGGUCAAAGGUCCUUUGAACACAAAAUUUCAGAAGAAUCUCUGUUUUUUCUUGAUGCCAUUGAUACAUACAAAGGCAGACCCUUUGAUCUUAAGCACUUGAUUACAAAUGCUGUUUCAAACAUUACUAAUUUGAUUAUUUUUGGAGAACGUUUCACAUACGAAGAUACUGAAUUUCAGCACAUGAUUGAGAUUUUUAGUGAAAACAUUGAAUUAGCUGCUAGUGCUUCUGUAUUUUUAUAUAAUGCUUUUCCUUGGAUUGGUAUCUUGCCAUUUGGGAAACACCAGCAGCUGUUUAAAAAUGCAGCUGAAGUCUAUGAAUUUCUUCGUGAGCUUAUUGAACGUGUCUCUGAAAAUAGGAAGCCUCAGUCACCUCGACAUUUCGUAGAUGCAUAUUUAGAUGAGAUGGACUGCAAUGGAAAUGACCCAGAAUCUACAUAUUCAAGAGAAAAUCUAAUUUUCUCCGUUGGAGAACUCAUCAUAGCUGGGACAGAAACCACAACAAAUGUUUUAAGAUGGGCAGUGUUAUUUAUGGCUCUUUAUCCCAAUAUUCAAGGGCAAGUUCAAAAAGAAAUCGAUCUUGUCAUUGGCCCGACCAAAAUGCCCACCUUGGAAGAGAAGUGCAGGAUGCCCUACACUGAGGCUGUUCUCCACGAGGUCCUGAGGUUCUGUAACAUAGUCCCUCUAGGGAUUUUCCAUGCCACUUCCAAAGACACUGUUGUGCGUGGUUACACCAUUCCUGGAGGCACCACGGUCAUCACAAACCUCUACUCUGUUCACUUUGAUGAAAAGUACUGGAGCAAUCCAGAGGUGUUUUUUCCUGAGAGGUUUUUGGACAGUAAUGGGCAGUUUGUCAAGAAAGAUGCGUUUAUUCCUUUUUCCCUAGGAAGAAGGCAUUGUCUUGGAGAACAGCUGGCUCGAAUGGAAAUGUUUCUGUUUUUCACCUCCUUGCUACAACGGUUUCACCUGCAUUUUCCUCAUGGGGUGAUCCCAGAGCUGAAGCCGAGAUUUGGGAUGACCUUACAGCCACAGCCGUACCUCGUCUGCGCCGAAAGGCGGUGAAGGGCAGGGCUGAGAUGGGCAGGGCGAGCACAGUGCUCCCACCUAUGGCUCAGGAUCCACCUUGCCUUCUAUUCCUAAACGUGUUCAAGCCAGAAAAACAAAGAUUUAAAGGACUAAUAGUUUCUCUUUUACUUGGUUUUCACAGAAAAAAAACCAAACUAAAAGUGUGGAACACAUCCUGUGUGAAAGUGAUGUUUUCACUCCAGAAGACUAUAUUGAAUCUAACUUCUGAUACAGGUUUUAAAUAUUUAAUUACUUAGCAAGAUGUUUUACUUUGAGAGGACACUUUCAUAAGCACGGAGAAUAUGGUUCAAAAUGUUUAUGCUUGAAUUCAUCCAUGGAAAUAUCAUUUACAUUAUUCCAGCUAAGCCGUUCUUUAUAAUAAUCCAUUAAAUUUUCAUAGCUAAAAGGGCUUUAAAAGGUGUCUAUUUAAAUAUCUGUAACCAAGAAUGAACUAUAUUUUCCAGCCUUGAAAAAAUAAAUUGUCUUUAAAGCAUUUUAA